GGAAGUUGAAGACAAACUUAUAUAUAUCAUCAUCAUAUAUAUCACUUUUGCCUACUAAAAAACAACAUAUUCAUUUUCAUAUAUUGAACCUCCACCUUUCUUUUCUUAGCUCUCUAUCUAAUAGAAGAAAAUGAAAUCAUCAAAGUUUCUUAUAACUUCAAUAAUUGUCCUAAUUUUUUCUUUAAUCAAUACUACAUAUAAGUUUCGUUACACCAAGAAGAAAAUAGGUCCAAAAUUAUUGCAAACUCUUCCAAUAGAAACCGCUUUUGGACCGGAAAGUUUCGCCUUUGAUGCGGCCAGUCAAGAGCCAUAUGCCGGAGUUUCCGACGGUCGGAUUGUGAAGUGGGUUCAACGUGAACGGCGUUGGGUGGACUUUGCCUUCACUUCUUCAUUAAGGGAUGAGUGUCAAAAUCGAUCCAAUCACGAAGAAACAGAACAUAAAUGCGGACGGCCAUUGGGCCUACGCUUCAAUGAAAGGACAGGGGAACUGUUCAUAGCUGAUGCUUAUUUGGGCCUAUUAGUUGUGGGCCCAAAUGGUGGGCUUGCUACUCCAGUAGUAACAGAAGUUGAAGGUGUACCAUUAGGGUUUACUAAUGGGCUGGACAUUGAUCAGAAGACUGGUAUUGUUUACUUUACUUCUAGCAGUACUCUUUAUCCUAGAAGGAAAUAUAUGUCGUUGAUUCUAAGCAAUGAUAAAUCAGGAAGGCUUCUAACAUACAACCCAGAAACAAAACAAGCAAGGAAGGUUCUAGACAACCUAACAUUCCCAAAUGGAGUAUCCUUAGACAAAGAUGGGAAAUUUCUUCUAAUUGUUGAGACAACUACUUGUAAAAUCAUCAAAUAUUGGCUUGAAAACACCCAAAAAGCAGGAAGUACUGAACUUUUAGCUGAACUUUCAGGUUAUCCGGACAAUAUAAGGAGGAAUUCAAAAGGGGAAUAUUGGGUUGGACUUUAUUCUAAAAGAGGAAAGUUUUUGAAGUGGAUUCUUUCAUUUCCUUUUAUAGGAAAUGCUAUUCUUAAACUUCCAUUUAAUGGUGUUGAAUUAGUUAAAGUUUUUGUUAGAUUAAGAGCAAUUGGUUUGGCUGUAAAAAUAGAUGAAAAUGGUAAUGUGUUACAAGUUUUGGAGGAUAAUACUGGUAAAUUGAAAUUUGUUAGUGAAGUGGUGGAAAAAGAUAGGAAUUUGUGGUUUGGUUCCGUCAUUUUGCCCUAUGCAAGCUUGUAUAAGGAUUAUAAUCUACCAUAAUAAAUAAUAUAAAGGAACAUAAAUGUUUUUAUCGGAUAUGUAUCCAGUCAAUUCUCUUCUUGAACAAGUUUAUUAAAUAACUAGCCUUUGUCAUUUGAUUAGCUAAGACAUAAGAGGAUCUUAAAUAAUAGAAAGCAAAGUUGUAUGAAUAGGAUAAAUUAUCAAGAAUAAACUAAUUUUUGCUCGAUCUGAUGAAAAUAAACUCACUUAUUUAUUGUCAUUAAAAUUAAUACAAACCCGUUUAUUGGGUAUAAUUGCUGAAAUAAACUUAUCUAUUAUUUUUUCGUUAUUUCUUUUUCCUUCACCUUUGUAACAAAAUUUUGAUUUUCAUAACCACCUACGACCUUUAGAGA